AUGGCCACACCUGCUAGGAGACUACUUCCUAGCUUUGUGACCAAUGCCAAUCCCGUAUCAACUCACCUUGAUCCGCGUGAUAUCCCCCGUGCUGUAAAACUGUUAAGAGAGAUAGUAGUCCUCGGCGAUAGUAUACCUCAAAUGACCAAUCUGGAGCGAAAAGGGCUCCUGAAAACCGCUCAAUCAUUGGUACGAGCGCUAGAAACACCAGUGGAAGCGAUCGCUAGGUCCUGGAUGGUGGAACCUGAGCUUCACGCAGCUAUCGAUAUCGCAUAUGGUCUUGGCUUGUUCUCUGAGAUGUCAAAGAUGGAAGACAAUACAGCAACUGUAAAUGAGCUUGCUGAGAUAUGUGGCGCAGAUCCUAUGCUUCUAAGACGUCUGCUGAAGCACAUAGCGGCCAUGGAAGUCGUUGUGGAGACUAGUCUCGACAGCUACGGACCAAACAGUUAUUCGCGAGCUCUUUCAACCUCUCAUUACGCCGACUGGAUACCUACAACUUCACGUUCAAUUGGUCCUGCCCUGUAUACACUUCCCGAGUAUCUCCGCAAAAACGGAUACAAGAAUCCCGACGAUCCAAGCAACACAGCAUUCGGACUGUCAAAGAAGACUGAAGAAACAUUCUACACUUGGCUUAUGAAAGAGAUGGUGAGACCGCGGCACUUUUCAACAACUCUAUGCUGGCGUAUCGUGAUACUCUUGGAAGCUGGAUCCAUCCUGAUUUCUAUCCCGUACAAGAGAGACUUCUGUCCAGCGCCAAGAUAG